GGUCAUGGUUUUGUGUGUCGUGUUAAUUUGAUUUUCAAGUCGCCGUAACAAUUAAGGGAAAUGGUAAACUAUAGAUGAUGUAUAGAAUCUGUCGUCGUGCGUUACUCGACUGGGAGGAGAGGUUAACGCAGAUACAACAUGCUGUUACCCUGAAAAUCAAAGGAGGCAGUGAUUGAGUCAGGGAGGAAAUGGGUAGUGUGCAAGAAAGAUGUUUUAAGAUUUUCCAAUUUGUUUUGUGCUUCCUUUCGCUAUCCGUUAUGGCGAUGCACCCCCAUCGCAACGGUAUUCACAGACAUAUGACUACAAGAGACUUAUCCCGCCUAUUUGGAGUAGAUUCGCAUAGUGACGUUCCCGAGUACAGCGUUGUGCAUCCUGUUCAAGUAGACGAAGAGGGUGCUUUCGUUUCUCACGAGUUAUCGCAUCCAAGAAUACGUUUACGUCGCUCUUCAGAUAAAGAAGAUGAAGUUGACAACGAAGAAGUACAUUACGAAGUGUCAGCUUUUGGGAAUAAUCUUCAUCUUCACUUAAAGCGAAACAGAAGGCUACUGACGCCUGCUUUUAAAGUUGAAGUAAUCGGCAAGAAUGGUAGAGUAAUGAAAAGACAUACUGUGGAAAAUUGCCAUUAUGUUGGACGUUUAAAAGCCAAGUCGAUAUCAACAGUAGCAAUAAGUAAUUGCAACGGACUGAGUGGACUUAUUCACACUGAGGACGAAGCUUACUUCAUGGAACCGCUUCCAGUUCACUUGCACAACAAAGUAACAACACGCGGCAGAAGCAAACCCCACAUCAUUUAUAGAAGAUCUAUUAACUCAGAUGCAAAACAUAACUUUCAUGUUGUUAAAGAAAAAAGAGAAAUACACACUUGCGGAACCGCAGAUGACCCACGUAUUCGCUUAGUACGAGCAUUGAAUGAUACGCAGCAGUCUGCACGGCGUGGACCAGCAGGACCUGGGGAAGAGAAAUACAUUGAGACUCUGGUGGUGGUUGAUCCAAAGAUGACGAACUAUCACGGAGAAGACGCCGCCAAACAAUAUGCACUGUCUGCUUGUAACAUAGCCUCAAACCUCCUUCGAGAUGGAAGCAUUGGCCAAAAUCCCAUCAAUUUUGUUGUCAGUAGAAUGCAGAUUCUUACAACUCCACAGACUGGGCUGGUUAUCAACCACCACGCAAGUAACACUCUGGAAAGCUUCGGCAGAUGGGCGGAGCGGAAUAAUAAUCCACUGGAUAACGAUGAAAAUCAUUAUGAUUAUGCUACGCUCUUUACCAGAUAUAAUAUUUGCAAGGACAAGAACCAACCAUGUGAGAUAUUAGGUCUAGCAAGGACACGUGGAAUGUGCGACUUUCCGAACUCGGCAUGUGUUGGUCAAGACAGUGGUUUGAUGCUUGGGAUGACUCUAGCUCAUGAGACAGGACACAGUCUUGGAAUGAAGCACGAUGGAGGAGCCUGCCCUGAUGGUGUAAACAUCAUGGCGUCCUUACCUGCUGGGAAAAAGUCUGCUUUCUCAUGGUCACCCUGCAGUAAAAACUAUCUCCAGCAAUUUUUGAAUUCAGAUGAUUCCCGCUGCUUAGAUGAUAAUCCAACCAAAAAGAAUAUCAUAGAGACUAGGACCCUCGACAAACCUGGAAGACUGUACGAUGCGGAUGAACAAUGUCAGCUGGCUUACGGUCAGGCCGCUAAGUUUUGCGGCGGAGGAAAGUUUCUGGACCAAAUCUGCGUGAAGCUUUGGUGUGAAGUACCCGGAGGAAGCGGAAACUGCAAGACGGCGGAGAUGCCGGCAGCAGAUGGAACACCGUGCGGAGAUAGCAAGUGGUGUAGGCGUGGUCAGUGUAUUCAGCUUGGUACUGAGGGCGCCGACACUGUGGACGGUGGUUGGUCGGAGUGGUCUGCUGAGUAUUCAGACUGCAGCAGAUCGUGUGGGGGAGGGGUGCAUUACAGGGAACGAAGAUGUAUCGCACCACGCCCUAAAAACGGCGGGAAACGAUGCGAAGGAGAAGAAAGAGAGUAUAAGCUCUGUAAUACUGCGGCCUGUUCUCCUGAUUCACUGGAAUACAGGAACCAUCAGUGUCAAUUGAAGAACACUCAGCUGUUCAAUGAUCAGUAUUACGAGUGGGAAUGGAAACCAUCAACUCUAAAGAGCAAAUGUGUUCUCGGAUGUUUUAUCAAAGGAACUGGGUUAGGUUUUGCUUUUGGAAAUGUUGCUGAUGGUACAGACUGUGAAAAGAAUACUCUUGAUAAAUGUAUCGAAGGACAGUGCUCGAAAAUUGGCUGUGAUGGAAUCAUUGGUUCCAAAGCAGUUGUUGAUAGAUGCGGUGUAUGCAACGGAGAUGGAAGUUCGUGCGCACCUGGUUCCAGGGAUAAUGUGGCAAGAAACAGCACUAGCACGAAGAAGGCAGUCACUCCAGGAGCUGUCAAUCUUAUAACAAGCGCUUUGGAUUGGUUAAAGCGGAUGGGUUAUGAUGUAGACAGGCGUGGACAAAUCGCUUCUCCCGAAAGCGCAACGAAAGACUCGCAGAAAGAUAACUUUUACUGGGCCGUGGUUAAGUCUGGCUGUAGUGUUUCUUGUGGCGGAGGUUCAGAAGUGUCCUAUGCUGAGUGUCGAAGGUCAGAUGACGGCUCUCCAGUUAACGAAGAAAAGUGUGACACUGGUUUGAGACCGCCGAGAGAAACGGUUCACUGUAACUACCAACCAUGCCCACCAGUCUGGAAACCAGAAGGUUGGGAAGAUUGUUCUCAGACCUGUAACGGAGGAAACAGAACCCGUGAAAUAAAGUGCAUGCAGGUAGCAGCUGACGGUAUUGAAUAUGACGUCGAUUCCAGACUCUGCUCGGAUCCUAAACCAUCCAUGGUGGAGGCAUGUAAUAAUGUCCCGUGUCCACCCGAGUGGGUGGCUCAGCCAUUUGGACAGUGUUCCACAAGAUGUGGGCGUGGUAUUCAGAAGCGAACAGUGAAAUGUAUGAAGGCUGACCACAGAGGUAACCUGAUGGACAUGGAGGAAGCACAAUGUGAUGCGACUCUAAAGCCACCGACACAUGAAUACUGGAAUGUGCACAAUCCUUGUCCUGGAGAUGACAAUUGUGGUGGAAACUUUACAACAGACGUUGGUACUUUCUCCUCCCCAAGCUACCCAGCAGACUAUCCGGAUAACAAAGAAUGUGUUACAACUAUCACAGUCAACCCCAACAAGGUCAUCAAGCUUAACUUUCACAGUAUGCAAGUAGUCUCUCCAGAUGACACUUCACAAUCGGAGAAGUGUGAAGGGGACUUCGUGAAGGUUAUGGAUGGAGAUUGUUCGGCUUUCAAAGCUGAAACUCGAUAUUGUGGAAAACAGGAACCUGCCCCAUUCUUCUCCACCGGAAACAAACUCUGCGUCAAGUUCUUUUCUGACGAGUCUCAGACAGCUCAAGGAUUCAGUGCGAGUUAUGAAGCUGUGGACAGACCAACUAACCCUGGAGAUCAGUGUGGUGCUACUCUGACGUCACCAGUUGGUUUGAUUACGUCACCUAACUACCCAGAGCCUUAUCCAAGCAAUGAAGAAUGUAACACCACUAUUAAAGUCGUUAAGGGACCAAUCAAAGUUGCUUUCCAAGCAUUUAACGUAGGAAAUGCAAAUUGCGAAGAUGAUUAUGUAGUGGUAGAUGAACCUGUCCAGGGGAAAACAAGAAAGCUUUGCGGAAAUCAGAUUCCACAAUCAUUCAACAUUUCGUCAAACGAGCUCAAGAUUGCUUUUAAGUCAGCGGAGCGCCUUGGUAGGCCCAAACCGGGAUUUGUAGCAACGUACACAUCAGGAACCACACCAGAUGAAAUACGAAAGUCAGUGGGAAAUGCAGGAAUUAAAACUUUUACUUCUAAACUAGAUCAAGGACUCAUGGCGGAUGCAGUUACUAGAGAAAAUAUUCCGAAACCUUCCAGUACUGGACUUCCGGCAGGGAUGGGAGUAGACUUCUUACCUGUUUCAAAACAAGACAGCAAAGAAGUCUCAAAAGAAGAAGGAGAGGACAUUGAUGCUGGUGUCGGAGAGAAAGAUAAGGAGAACAUAGAUGAUGAUAUAAUAACUAAGCCCACAAGUGGUCUACAAAGUGCACUUAGUCAACUCAAUGGUGACUCGAGUGGCAGUGGUAGUGCAGAUGACCAAAAAGGCAACAAAACAGAAGCCAGCAACUCAACACUUGGUGGAGAGGAUGACGUUCCACAGGAUAGUGGGAAACAGAACCAGACUGCGGUUAACCAUAGCGACGAUGUAACAAAGGAAACUAUACCAGAGAACCAAGAAAACGCUGUCAAUGAAACUGCCUCUAAUAGCACUUUUGAUUCCCAGAUGAACGAAACAUCCAGUAACCAGACUCUUGCGGGAGCCCUAGCAGAAGCUAUCAAGUCACAUGAAAAUGCUGAAAAUAUAUCAGCAACCGAUAAUGUUCAAACUUUAAAGAAUUCAUCAGAAUCAAAUGAUCUUUCGACUGUUAAAGACAUUCCAGGAAAAGGGCUGGCCGGACUUAUAAAGCCGAUCCUCAACCAAGGGUCGUGUCCACCAAUCAAGUCUCUUAGCUGCCUGAACUUACUCUAUUCAUUUCCAUGUUCAAAUGAUGAUGAUUGCAUCGAGAAUGGUAUGACGUGCUGCAACACCAGAUGCGUAUAUGGUAAAAAGAUGUGUAUUCCACGAGUUUCAGCAGUUUGUCCGCUUAGAACUCCAUAUUACACUGGAUUCCAAACAUGCAAGGACUCAGGGGAUUGUGGAACAGGAGGAGUUUGUUGCAUGGACAUGGCAGGAAGACACUUUUGCCAUCAGCUCAGCUCGGUCGAAUAAAAGCAAACAAAUAAAGAGGAAACUUAGUUAACGAAAACAAGAGAUACGCAGAAGCUCGGCAUAUCAGCAUCUCAAGAGCAAGACCUUUUUCCUUAAUUCACUCACGUUCACCUUGGACACAUCAGUUCGGAAAUAUUUUGUGCUUUGCCUCAAGAAAUAUCGCCUUUCGUCUUUCGUCUACAGUUCGAAAGCAGCAGCUGGGAAUCUGCAAUUUCAAAUGCUCAGACAAACGCUGAAUCGUAACUCUGCUGAAUAUGUAUAUAAAAACCUAUCAGUUGCCUUUAAAAAAAAUGAUUCCUUAUUUUGAAUAUUAAUCAUUCUCUCAACUACGUUAAGAUGUCCAGGCAUUUUAAAAGACUAAUCGAUAUAGACCAAGACUGUCACUCCCGAGGUGUAGAAAUUCCCUUUAUUACCUGCCUUACAAUUCUUACUGUGAAGCAGUUUUGAAAAUCUUGCGUUUAAUCGAGCAGUGUAGUAUAAUAUACUCCGACUUUGGUCAUUCCGCUGGGAAGGAGGGGGGGGGGAAGGCUGGGUCAAUAAGGGAGAUUUACAUCUGGUGGUCCGGUGAAAAGGUAACUUCAUCCGAUGUCUAAACGGUUUGGGGAAAAUGAUAACUCCUUAAAAUAAAUCCAUCUGAUAUAUAUCAUCACAGGAAUACUUUCAAUAUAGGUUUAAAAUUCAUUGUAACAUAUGCUAGCGGGUCGCGCAUCAAAUGGAUCACAAAAGAAAUCACAAAGAUAUGUCAAAUACAUAAGUAUAUUUUAUAUCAUAGCAAAAAAUUUUUUUAAUGUGAAUAUUCUGUCACUAAAAUAGCAUGUGAUAGACUGGUACAGCCUCAAAGACGAUGCAAUGGUGUUUCAUUCAAGGUUGACAACUACAAAAUCGUUCCCACCGCUUUUUCGAUAGAAACUUCGAUUACAUACGAAUUUCACGAUAUUUUGCACAUAUAUUUACUCACUUAUCGAACCAUGAUCGUAUCCACGAACCAUAAUAAUUUCUUUGACAUUUACUCAUUUCUGGAUGUAACAAUGAGAUUUGAAGAUUAUGGCAGUAAAAUCGAAGAUGAUUAAUUUAUACUAGCUUUCUAAAACUUUACAGAAAAAAAAUUACAUUUCCUUUUUGACCUCAUUAAUUCUCUGUUUUAGACAACGGUCUCUAACACCUUAAAAAGUUUUGUUCAGUUCUGAACUUUAAAGAAAAUUGAAAAGCCUAGUUUUUGAAGAACCACGCGACAUUUUGCAGAUACGUUUUUGCAUCUGGAAAAUACGCUUUGUGUGCUUGCCAUUUCAGGAAGGAGAAAGGGGCAAAAGUUUCUCUGAUCGACCAACAAACAUUGAACAUCGAUUUGACGUGACAAAUAUCAAUUAUUUUGUUUAGCAGCGUGAGGUAUGAUUACACUGGGUUCAAUCUGUUGCCGACACUACGUUUCGCCUAACUUAACUUCCACCUGUAGCUGUUGGCAUGCUCGCGUUAGUUACGAACUUUCUUCCUUAAAAAAUAAUUAGCAUCACUUGUGAAGUACGAAUGAUCAGCAAAUAUGAUAAUAAAAAAAACUCACUUUUUUC